CCGCACUAUAAUAAAUAAACUUGACCGAGUUCUGAUUCUUCUUUUCUCACAUUUACCGUUAAUUUCGUUGUUCGUUUGUUCAUUCAUUCUUCUCUUCUCUCACCCUCUUCACAAGAGUCAGAGCUUAGUGAUUCAUUACCUCAGAAGGAUUUUGCUCAUUACAAGUUACCAGGGCAAGUUUCAUGUCUGAAUUCGACACAAACAUCCCAACUGCUUUUGAUCCCUUUGCUGAGGCAAAUGCUGAGGACUCAGGUGCUGGGGCUAAAGAGUAUGUUCAUGUCCGUGUCCAGCAGCGAAACGGAAGGAAAAGCUUGACAACUGUUCAAGGAUUAAAGAAGGAGUACAGCUACAACAAGAUACUCAAGGACCUGAAGAAAGAAUUCUGCUGUAAUGGUACUGUUGUCCAGGACCCUGAGCUGGGACAGGUCAUACAACUUCAGGGAGAUCAAAGAAAGAAUGUUUCUACUUUCCUUGUGCAGGCAGGCAUAGUGAAGAAGGAGCAUAUCAAGAUUCAUGGUUUCUAAGGCCUGGUCAAUAGUGGGAAAUUUAGCUUCAUGUUCAAUAUAUAUAUAGCAUGUAGACUACAGUCAACAACAGUAGCUUAUAAAUGUGAAUUCAAGCAAUCAGCCACAGCAACAUCUGUUCUAGUUAAGAGUUCAAUAUAAUCUACUGUGUACCUAUUUUGAUAGGUUAUGUGAUAAGGAUCAUGUCUUCUUCUAAGAUAGCAAUCUUGAAUAAAUUAUCAAAUUUAC